CUACAGGCUACAUACUGAGGGACGGAUGAAUGAACAGAUGCCAGAACCUUCACGUCCCCUACCCCGAGAUGGCGGUAAGUCUCCGCCGGCCGGACACUGGGUGAAAUUCGCAGUCCCAAUAUGUAUGCUCGUGCUGGCGUAGCUCCAAAGACGAACUCUAACCUGAUGCCUCCUCUGUUGACGAAAGACAACCCAUGUCUGAUUCGGGAAUCUCGGGCGCUGCAGCGUCUACUCUGUUGCAAAGUUCCACGGCAGAGACGACCGCCUUCUCACGCACGAGAAAGGGAGGCUACGGUCCGGAAAUGGAGGUCCUCUCUAUCAGCAACAUUCAACGAUGAUUCUAUCACCCCUCAUGCAUGUGGGGGCAGACUGCUUCAUUGUGUGCUGAGACCUUGGUCUUGGAGUGUUCAAGUCAGUGCUCAUGGCAGACAUCUCUUUCAGAUGAUGAGUUUGUCCCCUAUCGGCGCCAACUCAUUAUUAGGCAUCAUCCUUCAACUCAUGGGAUUGCCUAAGGUGGUUGAUGAUCCAAGACACCUGCACAUCCUCCCGAACCUCUCUACUGAUUCUUCGCACACAGAGAUGGGCGGCUACACACUUGGAAAUGACCGUCAUGCUGAACUCUAGAAUGAUGGAAGCUGUUAGUUCAGACCCAGACACUCAGGGUCGCGGUCGGUAACUGUUUGUCAAAGACGCGCAGCGGCCCAUCAGCCGAAAGUCUAGUUCCGAUGCACAGUCCCUAGAUGCCAGGUACUAUAAAGUGGCUGGGAUCAAGUCCUA